AUGUGGCUUAUUCUCUUGUGGAUUUCAAUUAUCUCGGCUACUACAAUUAAUAUAUCUGAGAAUGAAACGACGAUCUACUUCGAAGAUGAGGUAAAUUAUACUACGCUAGAGAUUAUUGAAAAUGAAAAUUCGACAGCUACAACAAUGCUAUUUUCAAAUAAAACAAACGGAACAGACGAAGGAUUAAAUGGAACAACAUUAAAUGAAGCAAUAAAUGGAACUUUAAAUGGAACUUUAACAAAACCAACACAAAAAACAACUCCAAAACCAACACAACAAUUAAUAGAAAAUAAACAACAAAAUUCCCAAUCUUUAAGAUGUUUGGUAGGCUCAAAUCCUUUAAAUAAAACAAAUCGUCCUCCACCUAUUGAACCCCUUUGGUGCAAUGAUACUGUGGAAUAUGAAAAGCGAAAAUGUUUAAAUAUUGUUUGUUAUACGGAUACUUAUGGAUCUUACUGGAAAACGAGAAAAAAGUUUGGUUGA